UUAUAUAACCUAAAGGGUAGUCAUCGUAAAUUCAGUCAGCCUUUUCUUUUUCAGUAAUUUAUGAGAGUUGUACUGUUAUAAAUUACAUAAAUUUGCAACGGACAAAGGUAAGAAACAAAUUAAAUUCAGAAAUUGUUCGAAAUCUUUUGUAUCCUUGAAAACAGAGAAAAGAGAAAACAAACCAUGGAUGCUUUCUGUCAUCAUCAUUCAAUGCUUUACCGAACUCACCACCACCCUUUUCUCUUUCAAUUUCCCUCAUUUACCUCCAUUCCACCUCUUCCCUCAUCUUCUCUACAGGAAAUGGAAUGCGUUGAAGCAGCUUUGAAGACCAGUUUUAGGAAGGAGAUGGCUAUGAAAUCAAGUCCCCAAGCGUUUUUGGAGGAUGUUUUGGUUGUAAAUAAUGCACAAAAUGGAGUUUAUUGUGAUGAUUUCUCUGUUGACGACCUUUUCGACUUCACUAACGAAGAAGGUUUCCUUGAACAAGUACCUGAAGGAGGAGAAGAAGUACCCGUUUCUUCUUGUUGUUGUUCGAAUAAGAGACAAAAGCUAAGCCAAGAGCAUCAUUUUUCUGAGGAAACUAUCAAUUUUGAUUACACUUGUUUAUCCACCGACGAGCUCUCCGUUCCGGCGGAAGACGUGGCGAGCCUUGAGUGGUUGUCUCAUUUUGUUGAGGAUUCCUUCUCGGAACACUCUGCGGCGGCGUAUCCGACCGAAACGUUAACGGAAAAGCCCGAGUUACCAGGCAGCAAAUUGCCUGAACCGGAAAGACCAGUUACGACUUGUUUUAAAACUCCUUUUCCGGGUAAAGCCAGAAGCAAGCGCAGUAGAAGUGGCGGUCGGGUUUGGUCUCUUGUCGCUCACCCUCGUACGGAAUCCCCUUCAAGUUCCACUUCGUCAUCUUCCUCUAGCCUUUCAGCUUCGAGCCAAUGGUUCGUUUACUCAAACUGCGUCCCCGGUUCAGUCUUUGAACCGUUGGCGGUUGAGAAAAAGCAAAAGAAGAAACCGGCAACCGAGUCAAACGUUGGGAAUGUGACCCAGCCAACGCGUAGGUGCGGUCAUUGUGGAGUUACAAAGACGCCACAAUGGAGAGCUGGUCCAACGGGAGCCAAGACUUUGUGUAACGCUUGCGGUGUCAGGUUCAAGUCGGGUCGGCUCUUACCCGAGUAUAGACCGGCUUGUAGCCCGACAUUUUCGAGCGAGCUGCACUCAAACCAUCAUCGGAAAGUGCUCGAGAUGCGACGAAAGAAGGAAGGUUCGGGUCUGGCCGAACCCGGUUCUGUUCCCAGUUUUGGAUAACAUUAGUUCCAGUUGUACAUCAACUACAUUAGGGUUUAGGGAUUUAGAUUUUAGGUAGGAAUUUAAAUUUUGAACUGUAUCUUGUUUUUUUUAAUAUAACUUUCACAUUCUUUUACCCAAAACUCAUAUUCUUAAUUUGAAUUUUGUACAUUGAAAUUAUUCGAGAAAUGGGGGGAAACUGGAUUUGGCUUGUGGACGAAGCACUUGGCGUAUAUGAUUUGCUAUAAAAUGUGUAUUUUUUGCAUGAAGUGAAAAGCUAAAACUGUUGUAUUUGGAGUGGUUGUAACCGAAGCAGUUUCGUGCUUUGUUGGACGGAUAUGCACUUUUGAUGUUGGUUUUGGACCAAGUAAUAAGAAAAGGGGUGUUUUGGUUUUUUUC